UGUGACCGGCGUGAGGAGGAGCCGGGGCGGCCGGAGGAGCCGCCGGGCCCCGCUGCUGGUGCCGGUGCGGUACCGGUCCGGUGCCGGUGCCGGUGCCAUGGGGCCCUGGGCGCUGCUGCUGCUGCUGGGCGCGCUCCGGCCCGGCACAGCCGCGGCCCCGGCCCGCAAUGUGCUGCUGCUCCUGGCCGAUGACGGCGGCUUCGAGAGCGGCGCCUACAACAACUCGGCCAUCCGCACGCCGAACCUGGACGCGCUGGCCCGGCGCAGUUUGGUCUUCCAGAACGCCUUCACCUCCGUGAGCAGCUGCUCCCCGAGCCGGGCCAGCAUCCUGACCGGCUUACCGCAGCACCAGAACGGGAUGUACGGGCUGCACCAGGACGUGCAUCACUUCAACUCCUUCGACAGCGUGCGGAGCCUGCCCCUGCUGCUCAGCCAGGCAGGCAUCCGGACAGGGAUAAUUGGAAAGAAGCACGUGGGGCCAGGGGCUGUGUACCCCUUUGACUUUGCCUACACAGAGGAGAACAGUUCGGUCCUGCAGGUUGGGAGAAACAUCACCCGGAUCAAGCUGCUCGUCCGGCGCUUCCUGCAGAGCCAGGAUGAGAGGCCUUUCUUCCUCUAUGUUGCCUUCCAUGACCCUCACCGCUGUGGGCACUCCCAGCCCCAAUAUGGGGCCUUUUGUGAGAAGUUUGGCAAUGGAGAGAGCGGGAUGGGCUGGAUUCCUGACUGGAAGCCACAGAUUUACAGCCCAGAGCAAGUGCAGGUCCCUGCCUUUGUCCCGGACACGCCGGCUGCCCGGGAGGACCUGGCUGCCCAGUACACGACCGUCGGCCGCAUGGACCAAGGGAUCGGGCUGGUCCUGGAGGAGCUGCGCCGCGCCGGCUUCCUCAACAGCACGCUGGUGAUCUACACCUCCGACAACGGCAUCCCCUUCCCCGGGGGCAGGACCAACCUCUACCGCUCGGGCACCGCCCAGCCGCUGCUCCUCUCCUCCCCCGAGCACCCCCAGCGCUGGGGGCACGUCAGCGCGGCCUUCGCCAGCCUCCUGGACCUGACGCCGACCAUUCUGGACUGGUUCUCCAUCCCCUACCCUGCUUACAGCAUCUUUGGCACCAGGCAGGUGCAGCUCACUGGAAAGUCUCUCCUGCCAGCCCUGGAGUCAGAGCAGCCCUGGGCCACCGCCUUCAGCAGCCAGAGCCACCACGAGGUGACCAUGUACUACCCCAUGCGAGCCAUCCAGCACCGCCAGUUCCGCCUCAUCCACAACCUCAACUACAAGAUGCCCUUCCCCAUCGACCAGGACUUCUACGUCUCGCCCACCUUCCAGGACGUGCUGGAGCGCACCAGGGCGGGGCAGCCGACGCACUGGAACAGGAGCCUGCAGCAGUACUACUACCGGGCCCGCUGGGAGCUCUUCGACUGCAGCCGCGACCCCGCCGAGAGCCAGAACCUGGCCCCCGACCCACGCUAUGCCAGCGUCCUGCAGCUGCUGCGUGCCCAGCUCCUCCGGUGGCAGUGGGACACGGGGGACCCCUGGGUGUGCGCCCCCGACGCUGUCCUGGAGGAGAAACUGAGCCCUCAGUGCCAGCCGCUGCACAACGAGCUCUGAGUGCCACCUGUGAGUGCCACCUGUGCCCCGGCAGUGCUGUGCUCCCGUGGGGCUCAGACCCCCCCUGUGCCCCGGCAGUGCUGUGCUCCCGUGGGGCUCAGACCCCCCUUGUGCCCCAGCAGUGCUGUGCUCCCGUGGGGGACAAGGGCUGGUCCCAAAUCCCAGGGGACACCACAAUGCUCUGCCCUCUGUGCUGCCAACACCGCCUGGCCCCAGAGCACUGAGGGAUUCCUGGUGCCUUGGCUCUCAGCCAGAGGAGCUGAAGGGCCAAGCUGCCCCUCAAUAAAGCCUCUGGAGGGUAAGGCUCUCAUUUUCACCUGGAGCUGGGCACAGCCCUGCAGCAGCCCCCAGCUUGGAGGCAGCAGGACAGGCCAAGGGCCUCUGUGGCACAGCCAGGGCUGCAGGAACAGCUGGAGACCCCCAGUGCUCUGGGAAAGCCUUCAAGGGGCACAGGGGGUCCUGCUGGAGACCUCCAGGCAGGGACAGAGCUAGGGUGUCCCAGCCAGGGGCAGGGGGCUGAGCACAUUCAGGACCAGGAGAGGGGACAAAGGGACAAGGACACGGCCUGGGGCUG